AUGGGGCAAAUGUGUGUGUGGGUAAGUGGAAAGACAAAAGGGAGGUGCUAUAUAUCACAACAGAACAUGAAAACACAUUUGAAGAAGUGACUUCUAGAUCUGGUAAUAAAAAAAGUAAACCAACUCCUGUAGUGCAAUAUAACAAAUAUAUGUCUGGCAUAGACCUGCAAGACCAGAUGCAGUCUUAUUAUCCCUCACAUAGAAAGACAAUUAGAUGGUACAAAAAAGUGGGUCUACAUAUUUGCGAGAUGAUGCUCCAUAAUUCUUACAUGCUUUACAACAAAUAUUCUGGGCAGAAGAUGUCAUUGUUAGAUUAUAGAGAGUCAGUCAUAGAAGCGCUGCUUCCAGAUAUUCCAGAUAGCGCAAUUCAGAACCAGACCAGUGGGAAGGAACCAUCAACUCAACAUCUUCCAUCAAAAUGUGAAGCAAGGAGUGAAAAUAAUAGAAGACAGCGGAAGAGGUGUCGCUGCUGUUCAAAACGUGGUGUUCGCAAAGAUGCCAUGUACUUUUGUAAAUCGUGUCCAGAUUUACCAGGACUAUGUCUAGAACCUUGUUUCAAGGAAUUCCACGAAAAUCUAAAAUAA